CCGCCCGCCGUGGUCGGCUCCGCGAUACACAGCGCUGCCUUCCAGACUCGCUUGCCCGUGCUCCAAAGUUUCGUUUACACGGACAGACCCAUUGUUAGACACCAUCGUCGCUUGGCUGCACGGUGCCGGCCGCUAACUGUCCUUUCGAUCAAGCAAAAGCCCAGUCACUUGUCUCUCUGCUGACCAUUUCACCCUCGACAGAACCAACGUUGCGGACAUCCCACUUGGGACUCUACCUCGCAUCCCGUCAGCCUUGGAGGCGCCUUUCGCAUCGAGAGCUAGCCCUUCAUCUGUACUUUCUUUGCACGUAGUCGCACAGUCUUGAAUCCCCAUACGAACUAGCACGUCGUCCUGUCUACCGCCAACAUGCCCACCGAUCUUGAGCAGCUGAUCGAAUUCGGCUUCCCUGAGGACAAGGCCAAACUCGCCCUAAAAAAGGCCGGAGGCCUGCAACAGGCACUGGACUGGCUCAGCGACAAUGCCGAGAAAUCGUAUGAAGAGCUUGUCGCGGCUGACAAGGCUGCGGCCGAGGACCCGGAUGCGCCGCCAGCUCUGCAACCUGGCGAGGAAGCCAAGUCGCUGGUAUGCAACGAAUGCGGGAAGCGGUUUCGCUCGGUCGCGCAAGCCGAGUGGCACGCCUCGAAGACAGAGCACCAGGACUUCAGCGAGUCGACCGAGGAGAUCAAGCCAUUGACCGAGGAAGAGAAGAAGGCGAAACUGCAGGAGCUGCGCGAGCGCAUGGCGGCCAAGCGAGCAGCACAGGCGGAGAGGGAGAAAUUGGAGAAGAAGCAGAACGAGGAGAUCCGGCGGAAGAAUACGAAGGAGGGCCAGGACGCGAAGGAGCGCUUGAAGGUGCAGGAGCAGAUCAAGGAGGCGGAGAAGAAGCGCAGGGAGAAGGCAGAGGACGCGGCCGCGCGGAAGGCCAUCCUAGCAAAGAUCGAGGCGGAUAAGGCAGAUCGGAGGAGAAAGGCGGAGGCGGAGAAGGCAGCCAGGGAAGGGCGUGCGGCACCCGCGCCUGCACAGGAGGCGCCAGCUCCUUCCAAACCCGCAGCUCCAAAGGCGACGGCGGACUAUAAGGAGACCAGGCUGCGGCUGCAGACGCCUGGAGGCACGAUCACGAAGAGCUUUCCCGUGGAAACAACGCUGUUCGAAGUCGCGCACGCCAUCACGCAAGAAAACGGCACCGAGGUCGCUAGCUUCACGCAAAACUUUCCCAAGAAGGUGUUCGACCGGUCCGACUUUGGGCAGACACUCAAAGAGGCCGGCAUGGUGCCUUCGGCCGCUCUGAUUGUCAAAUGAAGAGACGCUCAAAUUCUGAGAUUGAGUACGUUAUUGGGAUGAAUCACAAAGCACGACUACGGCAUAGCGAGGCUACUGGCGCAUGGCAGAAUCACGGCACGGCAGGAAAUCAAUGGCUUAAAUCGGAAGGCAUACAAAUGGCAGAUAACAGCGUCUCGGGAGCUGUAGAAAAGUAUAGCUAGGCCCACAGAUAGCACAGCGACAAGAGUGGCCGCCGCUUCAUUCUCCCAGCACCCACACACUCUAUCUCUCUUUUCUUAUCUUG